UAUACAGUUGAUAAAAUGAAUAGUUUACGUUGUUUAACUUCAACAAGACAUUUGGUUAACAAAAUAUUGCUUUCCACCCCAACACAGAACAGUAAUUUCACAUUACCAACAUUCUUUUCCGGAAAACCUCAUCAAAAGUUUUAUUUUUCCCGCGAAUUCAGUAAAAAAGUUGAAAAAAUGGCGUUUUCACAAGAAGAGCUAAAGAAGAAACUGACUGAAGAGCAAUACCGUGUUACACAGGAAAAAGGGACAGAAGCCCCGUUCACAGGAGAAUACGACAAGCAUUUUAAACCUGGGGAAUAUAAGUGUAUUGUGUGUGGAGCUCCUUUGUUUAAAUCUGAUGAUAAAUUUGAUGCCGGGUGCGGUUGGCCUGCUUUCUCUGCAACUAAAGAUAAAACGGCUGUAGCCGAGCACGACGACUUGACUCUCGGGAUGAAAAGAACGGAAGUGACGUGCAGCAAAUGUCAAGCACACUUGGGCCAUGUAUUCAACGAUGGACCGAAACCAUCUGGCAUCAGAUACUGCAUCAAUAGUGCAUCACUUAAAUUUAAAAACUCAAAAUAAAAUCUAAAUUUCACAAUAUAUAUACCAUGACCACCAGUUACAGGUUGUGUAUAUUUUUUUACUGAAACCAGUUUUGUAAAAAUGUAACAAAGCUAUAACUACAACUCAGAGUUUCUGUUUGUAUUUCUACAUAAAGUAUUGAAUGUACAUAUAACAUAUUUGAUUGUGAAUACUGUGAUUCUUGUGAUAUUAUUUUGGUUGUGUUUCUUACUGAGUUAAAGCCAUUUAAAUUUUAAAAUCAUUAUUCAAAUUAUAUUAUAAAUCGCAUUUUCAUGACAAAUCUUUUUAAGUUAAACUUAAUUACUAUUUUGUUGUUGUUAUACAUGUCUUUAAAACAUUUGUAUAUAUAACCCAAGUCUAAUUACUAGUAUAGUACAAACUAUGUAAUAGCUACUGUAUUUUAUAUUCCUGGUGUUGGUAAAUAUUGCAUGUAUAAUUUAUAACCAGAACAUGUUGUGUAUUCUUA